AAAAAAAUUCAGUGAGCUGUGAAAAUUGUUUUUAUUUAUGCAAACACAAUUCUAAAAUGGAUGACAAAUUCAUCGUAUUCAAUGCUGCACGCGAUAAUAACCUGCCCCUAUUGAAGAGUGUGCUUUAUAACAAGAGCAGCGUGGAUAUUGCGAUAUUGAUAUCGGCCAAAGUGAAUGGAGCCACACCGCUGGUCAUUGCCUGUCGCAACGGACACUACGACAUUGUAGAAUACCUAUUGACAAAGUGUCGAGCCAACGUUGAACAGGUGGGCUCCGUCAGCUUCGACGGCGAACCCAUCGAGGAUGCUCCUCCCCUGUGGUGUGCGGCCGCCGCCGGUCAUCUGGGCAUCGUUAAGAUGCUGGUGCGUCGAUUCGCCAAUGUGAAUAGUACGACGCGAACGAACUCGACACCGUUGCGUGCCGCCUGCUUCGAUGGCCACUACGAGAUCGUCAAGUAUCUGGUGCAUCAUGGUGCAGACUUUGAGGUGGCGAAUCGGCAUGGACACACCUGCCUGAUGAUUGCCUGCUACAAGGGGCACUAUCGCAUUGCACAGUAUCUGCUGUCAUUGCAUGCGGACGUCAAUCGUUGCAGCAUCAAGGGCAACACGGCGUUGCACGACUGCGCGGAGUCGGGUUCGCUGCAAAUACUGCAGCUGCUGCUGAAGCACGGCGCCACUAUGGAUGUGGACUUUUAUGGCAUGACACCGCUGCUGGCGGCCAGCGUCACCGGACACAUGCCCAUUGUGGAACACCUGAUAACGUUGCCCUGUGUGAGUCGUGUGGCACGAAUCGAUGCACUCGAGCUCCUGGGUGCCACCUAUGUGGAUAAGAAACGUGAUAUUGCUGUCGCCUUGACGCUGUGGCGGCGAGCGCUCGAAGAGCGAGCACAGGAUCCGCCACUAGACAAGAAAGUGCAGGAGCCGGUGCCGGCCUACGAGCUGGUCACCGAAGUGACUACCAUUGAGGAGCUGGAGGAGCUCGUUCUCGAUCCCGACGAGAUGCGCAUGCAGGCGCUAGUCAUCCGACAGCGCAUCCUUGGACCAACGCAUCCCGACACCAGCUACUACAUUCGUUUCAGAGGUGCCCACUAUGCAGACGCUGGUCGGUUCGACCGUUGCAUUGAGCUUUGGUCGUAUGCCUUGACAAUGCAACAGAAAAUCUUGCAACCACUGAGUCCGAUGACGCAAUCGUCGCUGCUGUCGUUUGCCGAGCUGUUUAGCUUUAUGCUGGUGGAGGCGGGGCGGCUGUUGCCGCGCGGACGCAUUGUGCCGCCAAUUGAGGCGGACGGCAUGCUGACCAUCUUUCACAAGGCCGUGCUGGAGGUGGAGCGGGGCCAGGCAUUUACGUUGGAGCAGCAACAGCAGCAGCAGCAGAUGCUGCCCGCUGCCAGCAGCGGCAUUGGUAGCAAACAACUAACACAAUCGCCAUCCUCAUCAUCGACAGCAACGUCGAACAGCUCCACAACAUCAGCAUCAGCAACAACAGCAACAUCAACCUCAUCAUCAUCAUCCACCUCAAGCUCAUCGUCCGCAGCAUCGUCGACGACGCUGUUGUCGGCGCAUCAGCACGACUGCAAUCAUGAUCCCAAUGCGCUCAGUCGCACUCUGGUCAGUGCCCUGCACAUUGGCUGCCUGCUCAGCUCGCUGCUGGACUCGGACAGUUUCUGUCCGGAUAUGCGGCAUCAGGUGAUGAACGCUUUAUAUCGCCUCAACCGUCUCAAGGUGCAUGUGCGAUCCGGUCGCACAGCGCUCCAUUAUGCCUGCUAUCGCGAGGGCACCCUCGUCGGUCGCUAUCCCUCCUGCCAGUUCCCAUCGGCAUCGCUGGCCAAGGCGCUGCUCGAGGUCGGUGCCGAUCCGAAUGCCGUUGACGAUGCCGGCAAUACACCCCUCCAUCUGGCCGCCUCACUCCAGCUCUAUGUGGAGCCACUGGCUCACACACUCCUCGAAGGUGGUGCGCAUUUGGAUACGCGAAACGAUGCCGGCGAGACCUUUGAGACGCUGCUGGCGCCCACAGCUCUGCACAAGAUAAUCGAUCCCAUGAAGUACACAACGCUGGCGUGUUUGGCGGCGAGGACCAUCAAACAGGAAGGCAUCAAGUAUAAGGAGGCGGUGCCACCGGCGCUCUACAAAUUCAUCGAGUUGCACUAGGCAAGCUGUUGCAAGUUGCGAGUGUUUGCAACUAGAGGAGAAACUCGAACAUUUUUACCUGAUCGCUCGAACGCCCGCCCGCCAUCGAAGCCAUGCCACGUGGAUAGACAUAAAACACACACACACACCUACUACAACUAUAACUACAACUACUAUUACUUAUAAAUAUUUAGGAGCUGAUGGGAGAGCGUUACUAAUGACUAGGAACUGAUUUGUGAUGUUUGCAAGCGAAGUGCCCAAUCCUGGUGCGGGCUGCCUGGGCACAAGGAUCAGGAUUGAAAGCGAUUGACGAUGAUGCUGAAGAUGACAACGAUUAUGUUUAUGAUUAGAACAACAACAACAACAACCACAACAACUACAACUACAACGACAACAACAAUUUAAAUUUGCUGUUUACUAUUUUGCUUGCGAAAUGUUUAUUUUCUGUUUGUUUGUUUUUUUAAUUGUGUUCUUGCUACUCUUUUCUCUAUUUGUAUGUAAUGAAAUAUGAUAAUAAUAUUAUUAUGUAUACGCCACGUGUGUGGCGCAGUCGGGCAGCUAAAAUAAUUGCACACGCCUAUUUUUUUUAUUGGGCUGACGCAAGGUCCUCAUAGCUGUUGCGACCACGCCCACGCGUUGCACAUUGUUAUGCGUAUUUAGCAUGUAUUGCAGUAAACCCAUCCCUCCCAUCCCACAUCCACACAUUCUUCAUACUGAACCGUCUGCCUAAGCAAUAAAAGAAAGCAAAAAACAAAAAAACACAAAAAAUGAGAACAGAGUUAGAAUUAGCAAUUUAUUUACCCAUAUUUAUUGGUUGACUCGAUUCUCAAUGCACUCAAUCGAUUGAUGCUGAUGCUGAUGCUGAUGUUGACGAUGACUACGCUCUACAUAAAAAGAAAAACACAGCACGUAGCUUAUGCCUCAAGCUAACAACUAGAACUUAAAUAUACAUUAGAAAUUCAUUCAAAUGCAAUAUAUUCUGUGUUAAGAACAAACAAACAAGACGCAAAAA